UUUCGAUUUGGUCUGGUUGCACCGGAGUGCUAAAUGGGCGCCUGCAUUUAUCACUCUGGAUGACUACGUACACUGUUUUAUGGGGCGCUGUAUUGUUCCACGACGUGUACGCGAACCAAGGCAAGUAUAAGGAAAGUGUGGGAAUUCAAGUCACUUUAUAUAUCGGACUUGCGGUGGCAUUUUGCGUAUUCGUCACGGCAAUUAUAUGCCUCAUUUGGAUAGCUGUGACUUGCAGAAAAUCAAUACGAAGGAAGGCCACGGAGGCGAACAAUUCACGGAACGAGUUGACACACACUGGAGAUAUGACCCUGGCAACUUCGGCACAGCGAUACCACUUCACCCAUCAGAAACAACAAACCCUCUCUAACUCAUCCCCCUUCGAAGAACCGGUAGUGAAAGCGGACGGCACACCAGAACAUGAUGCGUUGAUCGAUUGUCCUGGCCCGGCAUCGUCAAGUCAGUGUCAUCGAUGCGCUUUUAUCAUACCCAGGAGCGGGAUUUUCAGUGAGAACGGGACGAGUAUUGAUACCCUGAUUGAAACAAGCAACGCCUGAACGGCAACCAGAUCGAG